AUGGGCUGUGGAAGCGCGUUCAGGCGGGAGGCCCCCGCUAUCGCUCAAGCACAGCCAACGAAGGAAGACGGCGAUAGCACGAUAACGCGUGCAGGUUCUGGGCUAGAUGUCCUUACCAUCGGCAGCGACUUCGGGCUUUCGAAGUGGGACGAAGCAGCAUGCGGUUCAGACAACGUCAUUCUGCUCACCGACUCUUCAAGGGUCUGUCAUUACUUGCAGUACCCCGAAGGAACCACAUUUAUCUAUUCGUACUUUGAGAGCAUAGGCAGCAAGUAUGACAAGACGUUGUUCUUCGGGCUCCAGUACGUUCUGAAGAAGUGGAUGGUCGGGCCGGUAAUCACCGUGAAGAAGAUAAAUGACGCCAAGGAAUUCUUCAGGAUGCACUUCAACCAGGAGCUCUUCAACGAGUCCGGAUGGAUGCACAUCGUCGAGCAGCACGAUGGCCACCUGCCCCUCUCGAUCAGGGCAGUGCCCGAAGGCAGCCUCAUCCCCACGCGCAACGUCCUGUUUACUGUAGAGAACACGGACCCUGAAGUACCGUGGCUCACGGGAUGGUUUCAGACACUAUUUAUGCAGACAUGGUACCCGACUACGGUGGCGACGAACGCGUGGCAUUACAAGGAGAUCAUGGCAAGGUACCUUCUGGACACCUGCGGUUCUACAGCUUCUAUACCGUACCAGCUACAUGACUUCGGCUCUGGUGGUGCUUCCUCUGUCGAAUCGGCUGCCAUUGGAGGCGCGGCGCACUUAGUCAACUUCCUAAGCAGCGACAACAUAGCCGGGAUUCGCCUCGUCCACCAGUACUAUGGCUUGCCCAUGGCGGGGUACUCGUACCCUUCCACAGAGCACAGCACCAUGACACCGUGGGGCCCGGCGGGGGAGUCGGCGGCGUGUCGCCAGGCGAUGCACGCGUUCCCCAGCGGUCCGGCCUCAGUAGCCAGCGACACCUACCACGCAGCGAACUGCUGCGAACACGUCUGGGGUCAAGACCUACGACACCUGGUCGAAGCCCGCGCAGAGCUCUACGGCGGCAUGCUCAUCGUCAGGCUGCAGUCCGGCGACCCGCCGGAGAUCAUCGUCGAGGUCUUGGAGAUACUUGGGAGGCACUACUCGGUCACGGUGAACUCACUGGGCUUUCGCGAGCUGCCACCCUAUGUGCGCUUGAUGCACAGCGACGGCAUGACACUGGAGAUGGCUGAGGCUGUCCUAGCCAAUGCCAAGGCACACCGCUGGAGUGCUCAAAAUGUGCUUCUGGCCAGUGAUGGCACACUCAUGCGGGACCCGCGAGGACCAGCUCAGCGCUUUGCCUUUCAAUGCAGUGCAGCCAUCGUUGGUGGACAUGAGAAAGAAGUACACAGGAACCCAAUGACUGACACCGGAUUGAGCUCCAAGAAGGGCAGGCUGACUUUACAGCAUUCUGUCAGCGGGUACACCACAGUGGAACAUGGCCAGGGAAACCCUGAAGAGGAUUGUCUUGUGCAUGUGUUUAAAGACGGCCAUCUCCUUGUGGACCAGACAUUCGAAGACAUCAGAAGACGUUCCCAAGAGCCCUUAGAUCGCUUCAAUACAUAGCGCCACAAGAUCAUAUAUUAAAUGGCUUGUGUUUUGUAUGUGCCCAGC